CCGAACAUGUGCAAGAAGCGGGUGUUCACGUUGUCGACAUAGCAUAUGCACCAUUGGUUGGCGGAUUUUGUAUUGUUCUUUCGAAUGGUACUGCUGCUUUACUUACAUCCGUUUCAUCAAAGUUCCUUCCAAAGGAACUAUUGGGAAUAUGGGCAUUGCAUGUGAACGAUGCCAUUUGUGCGGCAGUAAAUCACAAAUUUCGAAUGAUCCUAUAUGGAUGUAAAAAUGGUGAUAUUGCUGCAUUUCAUCUGGAUGAUACAAAUGGUUCGCUAAUUUGCACAUAUCGUGUUUCAUUGCAAGUCAAAGAUGGACCAGAAUUGCUAAAUCGGAUGAGUGAAGUACGCCAUGUAGAAUGUUAUGCGCAAGGCACAGCAAUCGCAGCAGUCUGGUCCCCUCUGCUCUGCGAUGAAGGGCGAUCGCCAGAUAGCACCGAUACCGUGCCAAUUGUUGCAAUAUUUAGUUCAUUUGGUGCACAG